UGACGAUAGUUGAAAUCUAAAAUGCCAAGCGCGCGGGAUGAUAACCAUGAUUUCUCUGUCGCGGCGCAUAGAUAACAACGAAGACCGAUUGACCGGGGAAAGUUAGGGGAAACAACAGGUAUCCCUGUUGCCCAAAAAGUGAUGGUUACAACUGCAACAGGACAAAGGCAGGCCAUACUACCUCAGAUGAUCGCUGAUGAGGUAUCUGAUGCCGUCGAAUGGCCCGGUAAAGAGGUAGACGAUGCUCUUCUUUACGAUGCCAGUCUCUCACUGAAGAAGCCUGCCUCCACUGGGGAAGGAAAACAGCACCGUCUGCCUGUAUGGAUUCCUGCUCUUCGAGAUUGCAGUGCAGUUCAACAGGAACUUACGCAUAGGCAAAUGUUAGGAUUGAAUAAAGAAGACAUUGAAUUGGAGCUGCCAGACUCACUUUCUGUAGACGCAGUCCGCAUCUUAUGUAAAUACCUUCACCGUACCCUCUCAAUGGGAAACCCGCCCUUCACAAUCACGCUAAACAAUGCGACGGAGCUUCAUGAUGCAGCCAUGUUCUUUGGUUGCAGAGAAGCUGUUGAUGCUUGUGUGACAUUUUGGCAUCGCUGUCUGGACGAGUACAAUUGCCUUGAAAUGUUGCUGGAAAUUGGUAUACGUCGUGAAAUCAACCCAAUACGUGUACGCGCCAUCCACAUCCUGAGCACUCAUUUUUCUUCCAUCGUUUCGCGAUCAGUUAGUCAGCUUCUUCAGUUACCUGCAUCUAUUUUGCUUGAAGUCAUACGAAGUGAUCUCCUAGAUGCCCCUCAAGAGAUUACUGUAUUCGAAACAGUUUUAACAUGGGCUAACCAUCAGAAAAACGAAAGGUACCGCCACCUUGCUGAUAUUUUGCAAAAAGUUCGUUUUAUAUAUUGCGGCGAGUCGUAUCUGCGGACUAAGGCACUGCCGCAGCUGAUAGCGCUUGCAUCGCUCCCUGAAUGCACCGAGCUUGCUAAGGUCGUAACAAGUAUCCAGCAGAACAUGCAUUACGUUGAGCGGCAGCCGACAACGUUCAUGGACGUCGACUUGUACAUGCUGCGGCCACGGGUCAGCCGCGAGACACUAUUUGCCAUAGGCGGGUGGAGUGGUGGUCAAGCUUCCGCAUUAGUAGAGGCCUACGAUAACCGCGCCCACAGAUGGUAUGCUUUGUCACAGGAUAACGAUGUCCAACCUCGCGCUUACCACGGCCUUGUGGGCGUAGGACCGCGUUUGUAUAUGAUUGGGGGAUUUGAUGGCACCAAUUGCUUCAACGACGUUCGAUGUUAUGAUAGUGGCGCACACCGCUGGAGCGAACGAGCGCCAAUGCACCGAGAAAGGUGCUACGUCUCGACAGCAGUUCUUGACGAAAAGGUCAUCUAUGCAUUAGGCGGGUACGAUGGAACAUCACGAACAAACACUGCUGAAAAGUACGACAUUCAAGAAAAUACGUGGACUAUGAUCGCACCGAUGAACGCGAUUCGAAGCGAUGCCUGUGCAGCGACCGUCGGUUCGAAAAUUUUCAUUGUAGGGGGCUUUACUGGUGACGGAGUUUUGCCGUCCGUCGAAUUCUAUGAUCCAAAAACAAAUGCCUGGACACUGGUGCGCAGUAUGUCAUCUCCUCGAAGUGGCGUCCGCUGCGUGAGUCACGAUGGGCGACUUGUAGUGCUUGGCGGAUAUAACGGAAGAGAAAGACUUUGUUCUGUUGAAAGAUAUGACGAACGUCGCGACCGUUGGGAACGAUUGGGUGACAUGCCAACUGUUCGAAGCAAUUUCGGAGCUGCGUCGUUCGAAGGACGCAUUUUUGCCAUCGGAGGUUUCAACGGUCAAUCGACAAUCUCGCAGGUCGAUGCGUACGACCCUAUCACGGCUAGAUGGACGACUCUACAAGGCAUGACUGUGACCCGAUCCGCUCUAGGCGCGUGUAUCUGUGAAACCGCGGAUCCCGAGUACUACUCAAUGUUAACAAGGCAUUCAUCGGCCAGUGCUGCAGCUUUUAAUGCACAAAUGGCUCUUGAUAGAUUAGCAUUGCCUAGAGCUCCUGCUCCGAGCAGGGCAGCUCAAUAAAACUCAACUGGUAAAGCGUCUACUAACUGGUUGAGCCCGGACCUCUUCUUCAUUAAGUAAAUCCGUCGUACGAUAAGCAUCGAAUCGGGAUGAUCGUGCGGGAGUAACAAAAAUGAAGCUGUAAAGACAAAGUGUAUGUGACAAAAACGGAGAUAGAGAUCAUUGACAUAGAAUAACAUGAAUAAUAACCAAGACAAAAAUGGAUCACUACGAAUCAUUGUACUCAUUUAUUUUAUAACUGG